AUGCGACCCUUUUUCCGGUCCCCGCUUACUCGGCGGACACGACCUAGCCCAGAAGAUGUCUUGGAGAAAAGCCAUCAUGGAAAGAAUGGAUUCAGAAAUCCGUGGGAGUCUUUCCGCGAUAUGGAUUCGAAAGAUAUCAUGCAAAUGAUGAUCACUCGUCGAUUGAAGGGCAAAGCGAACAAUCCCGAUACCACACCUCCAACCGUCACUGUUCGCAAGCCCGAAUUUCUUCCCAGCAGAGAUACCCCCAAGCUGCGCGCAACAUGGCUUGGACAUGCAUGCUAUUAUGUGGAGUUCCCAAGCGGUCUCCGAGUACUGUUUGACCCAGUGUUUGAAGCGCGUUGUGGACCGUGCUGCGGACCAUAUCAUUCAGGUCCCAAGCGCUACACUGAGCCUCCAUGUCAGAUCAAGGAUAUCCCUGUCAUUGACGCGGUGGUCAUCUCCCACAAUCACUACGACCAUCUGUCCUACCCAACUGUCUCGGAGAUCGCGAAACGACACCCCAAUUGCCAUUUCUUCGCGCCACUAGGUAACAAGUCUUGGUUCCACAGCUCAGGCAUUGAAAAUGUAACCGAGAUGGAUUGGUGGGAUGAGCGCGAUAUUGCAAUGUCACUGAAGGAGGGAAAAGACCCCCAAGUUGAACCAGUAGGCGAAGCUUCCUCCACGGCAGAUAUCAAGGCUCGCAUCAGUUGUCUGCCUUGUCAGCAUGUUACUGCUCGCAGUCCUUUCGACAAAUACAAGACACUGUGGGCUUCCUGGGCCAUUGAGUCCGGUGGUAGCAAGGUGUAUUUCGCUGGUGAUUCCGGCUAUCGAGCAGUGGACGAGCUACCAGAAGGGGAGGAUGAUUGGGACCCCAAGUACAAUUUCCCAAUAUGCCCUGCUUUCGAGCAGGUAGGUGAGUUCCGUGGACCAUUUGAUCUCGGCUUGAUCCCCAUUGGAGCAUACGCCCCUCGUCAUAUUUUCAGUGCAGCACAUUCCGACCCCCACGAUGCUGUUCGCAUCUUUAAAGAUACCAAGUGCAAGAAGGCAUUGGGCAUGCACUGGGGCACUUGGGGUACUUACCGAGGAGGAUGUGCUUGA